ACAGAAAAAUUCAGAUCUUCAAUAGUAGUUACAAGAUUUUUUACGUAAUUGGGAUGAUGAGAAAAAUAACUUAGAGAAUUAAAUAUAUUUAAGAACUUUUUUAGGGCUAAUAAAAAAUUAUUGAUGGUAUUACUUAAAAAUAUAGACGGAUGAUUUUGUAUUACAUAAAAGUAUUGAUUAAUAAGAAAUAGGGGAUAAAUAGUUUACUAGAAAAUUAAUGAUUACAAUGUAAUAUUUUAGUAUUACAAUAAAUUUAGCUCAAUUUAAUAAAUUUACAAGUAAUUUAUUACUUAGAUGAAAUUCAUUGUCUAUGUUAAAGGGAGAUUUGGGUUUUGCCAG